UUUUAAAUUUGUUAAUUUUGUGAUUCGUUACAAACAUGAGUGUUAUGAUCAUGCAAUCAGAUUAAAAAAAUAUCUUAGAAAAUGUGUUGAAAUUAAUCACUUUGGCUUUAGGUUUUGGUAAUGGUAAUAUUAAAAGCCUUCAAAUUGAAAACAGUAAUGAACAGCUUACUGAAUUUCAAGACCAAGGUUCUAACUUUUUAAUUCUUGAGAACUGUGCUUUGGUGAUAUAAGUUAAAGAAAUAUUAUUGCCUUUGAAAGGAAGAUCAGGACCAGAAUGUAAUUAAAAUAUGCUCCUCAGAAAUUUACUGCAUCUAUAUAUUUACAUGGUUAUGGUUAUAAAGUCCAUCAAAAUGGUUUAUGAUAUACAUAUUUGUUUUUAUAUGGACUUUACAGCCAUGGAUUUUUUCCUUACUAAAUUUGAUGAAUCGUGGGACACUCCAACAAACCUUGAUGAGAAAAUGAAAGACCUAAAGAGAAAACAGGCGGAACUAAAUGCUCUAAAAGGAGACACGAAGUCAAGAACGACAGCAGAGCUGCAUCCGAGAAAGAAACUAAAGAAAGAAGUUGAGUUAUGGCUCGAGAACGUUGAAAGAAUAAAUGGCGAAAUCGAAGACCUUGAACAAAAAAUUGGAGAAAAUAGUUUUGCCUCACGUGGAUUCCUCAAAGGAAAUGUUUUGAAGAAGAUACAAGAAGUUGAUGAACUUUAUCAACGGGGUAAGUUUCACAACAGUUUGGUAGUUGACAACCCUGGGUGGAUUGGACAAGCUCUAUCAACCACAACUUUAUUCGGUGAUGCUGCAAAGACUUGUAUGGAAAAAAUUUGGGCCUUCUUGAUGGAUGAUGACAUUCAAAAGAUUGGAGUUUGGGGGACGGAAGGAAUAGGGAAAACAACCAUCGUGAAGCUCGUACACAACCAGCUACUGAAAGAGACUGAAAGGUUUGACAUUGUGAUAUGGAUCACUGUAUCAAAGGAGAUGAAUAUCAUUAAACUGCAAAAUAGGAUUGCACGUGCAAUGAAAGUAUCCCUUGAUGAAGAUGAAGAUGAAACAAUACGACCAGGGAUGAUAUACGAAAUGUUGGUUCGUAAAGGCAAGUAUGUGUUAAUCCUAGAUGAUUUGUGGGACAAACUUUCUCUUGAAGAAGUAGGCAUCCCUGAGCCUUCUAAUGGGAGUAAAUUAUUGGUAACAACUCGGUUAUUAGAUGUGUGCCAGUAUUUGGAUUGUCGAGAAGUUAGAGUGCCUACUCUUUCAAAUCCAGAUGCAUGGAGCUUGUUCUUGAAAAAAGUAGGUGAAGAUGUUUCGAAUCAUCCAAAUCUAUUACCCAUUAUGGAAUCAGUUGCUACAGAAUGUGAUGGUUUGCCCUUGGCUAUUGUUACAAUAGCAAGCAGUAUGAGUGGUGUACGUGAUGUUCAUGCGUGGAGGGAUGCACUUCAUGAAUUAAAAAGAAAUGGAGAAACUGUGAAAAAGAUGGAAGAGAAGGUAUUCCAAAAACUUCAGUUCAGCUAUGAUCGUUUACGGGAUGAAGAGCUGAAAAAUUGCUUCCUCUGCUGUGCCUUACUUCCUGAAGAUUGGGAAAUAGAGACAGAUGAGCUUAUCCAUCUUUGUAUUGCGGAAGGGCAUAUAAAAGAAAUGGAUAGCAUGUAACAAGAGAUUGACAAGGGGCGUACCAUACUGGAUGAACUCAAAAGCAGUUGUUUGAUAGAAAAUAGUUAUAAAGGUGGAGGUCGAGUGGAGCUGCAUGAUGUUUUAAGGGACAUGGCAUUACGCAUCACAAGUGUAAGACCACGAUUCUUGCCUUCUUCCAGGAGUUGAUUCACUGUUUCUUUUCUCAAUAUACUUCUUC